GUUAUUCAAGACAAAUCCAGCUGGACACAAGCAAGAUCGCACUGUCAAGGAAUAGGGGCGAAUCUAGCGAGUAUUCAUUCCGAUGCUGAAUCCCUUCAACUUCUUUCAAUUAUAGGAAGGCUUACGGCGCAAGAUUUCUGGAUUGGGCUAAAUGACAGGGAGAAAGAGGGAGAUUGGCAAUGGUCAGAUGGAACACCCUUAGAUUACAAAAAAUGGCUGACAUCUCAACCAGAUAAUUGGCAGGGUUAUGAGAACUGCGCCACGUACCGACGAACCAACAGAGGGUUUAAUGAUCUCUUUUGUGUAACUAAACUUCCAUUCAUUUGCAAAGUAGAAAAAG